AGCUUGGACUAAUGCAGCAACAUUGGAGAUUUUACCUACCGGGGAGUUUCAAUCAAGACCCAGUGGAUCAAAGCUUUUUUUCACCUGUAAGCUGUCUGGUGUAAACGACCCCACCUUGGGAACCAUUCAAUGGCGGGAUCCAUUUGACAGGGUUAUUGAAUCACGAAGCUUGUUUUCUUCAAACGGCAAAUCGGGAAACCCAGUAGUCUUUACAGAGAAGAAUCCUGAUAACAGUUUAUCACUGUUUUUUAAUCCACUGAAAGAAGAUCAAACUGGUCUGUACACCUGCAUAGGAAACUACGCGCAGACUGAAAGCUUCAACAAGAGUGUAAACGUUCAAACAAUUGACGCCAUUACAUGGGUUGACGCUCCAGAAACUCAAUACGCAGUAGUUGGAAAAGAGUACAGAAUAAAGUGUCAAGUAAGUGCCCGACCAGCUCCAACAGUCGGCUGGUACCUGGGAAACAAAGAAAUAUCAACAGACGACCACUACAUCGUAGAAACCCACGCACUGAAAAUCACUAACGUAAGAGACGAAGAUUCCGGUUCAUACAUUUGUCGCGCAGCAGUCCAGCAGACUGGUGAGCUCGAAGAACGUCUGAUAAACUUGAUCGUCCAGGAAGCGCCUAAGCUUCAAGAAAAUUCAUCCGAGGUUGAAAUAAUCGAGGGAAAAACAUCGAGUAUAACUGUCUGCAAGUCGACUGCCGGCAAGCCACCACCACUUUACUCCUGGGUAAAAUCACUCUCCAAAGAAAACUUAACAACGGUAAAUCGAUUCGGUGUUGACCGUGACUCUGGCGUGCUGACCAUCACCGAUGUGCGUCGAGAGGACAGCGGAGAGUACCAGUGCAUCGCCGAGAAUCCAGCGGGAGCUGCAAGCAUAAUUAUACGCGUAAACGUGAUAGAGAAGCCCAAGAUCAUGGAAUUCCUGAACAGGACCCAGGUUGCGCAAAAAGACAUUGAGAUAACUUGCAAAGCAUAUGGGCGACCGCCACCAACUGUUGUCUUCAAGAAACAGACCAAGGAUAAGCCGUUUACCAAAGGAAGGCAGGCAAAUGACGACCGCAUUGAACUUUCAAGCAAGACACUUGAUUCGAACGGCGAAACAAUCGCUACUUUAUCGAUCCAGCGCGUGUUGCGCGAAGACGACGGCAUCUACGAGUGCAUCGCAACCAACAAAGUCGGCUCCAGCUACAAGAACGGUCACUUGACCGUCGAAUUUCCACCGUCGUUUGCUUCAAUGACCAACCACUCAGUCUGGUCGUGGGAGCGCAGACCAGUAAAUUUGACCUGCAUCGCCGAAAGUAUUCCAAACGCGACCAUCCAAUGGUUCCACGGCGAGCGCCCGAUUUCUCCUUCAGAAUUGUCCGGCUCUGAAGCUUACGCCCAGUAUGGAAACGGUCCCAUCAGCACGCUACGAGUCACUCCCAUAGACACUCGUUACUACGGCCACUACCGCUGCAAGGCUAAAAAUGUCCACGGUGAAAGAACCCACACGAUUCAGCUGAAAGAAGGCAAGCGACCGGAUGUAAUUCCACAAGCACGAAUGUCUGAAGUAACUGCCACGACAAUGGCGUUCACAAUAGUGCCGCCUCCAAUGGAACCCGAGCUACCGGUCAAGACAAUUACCGUUCAAUACCGCGAGUACAACCAACAGUGGGCGGAAGCCAGGAACAAAACCUGGGCACUCAAUUCGCCUUACAUCUUGGAGCAGCUGAAUCCGGCAACUACGUACGUAUUCCGGUUCCACGCGACGAAUGACGUAGGUUCGGGUAACUGGGGUGCUGAUUUCGAAGAAAACACGCCUAUGAGAACAGUUCCGAACCCACCCAAGUUCCAGCCAAGAACUGAUAAUCCUUCUUAUGAUAUUUCGCUUUACGGCUAUCAGUAUGAGCUGAAUUGGAUUGCUCCUCCGGACAACGGCGAACCGAUUGAUAAGUACGAGAUUCAGUACUGCGAAGUCAAGCGCAUCAGCGGUGAAUGGAUUCAGCAGGACAAUACUUGUUUACGCGAUGAGAUUAAAGGACAGAGAUCUAAACAUAUGAUUAGGAAACUCAUUCCUGAUACGUUCUACCGCGUAGAGCUUAAAGCACACAAUGUUAUUGGCUUUGGAAAGUCCGAGAUUAUGCAAUUCAAAACUGCUAAAGCACAAAAUACGCCAGUACUUCACCAAGGACCUUUGAUAUCAAGCGCUGCUAUCAUCGGUAUCGUUAUUGCGAUACUCAUCCUCAUGCUGGUUCUUCUUGAUUUGAUUUGCUGCUGUACACAUCGAGCAGGUAUUAUUUUCUAUGUAUGUGAAAGAUCACGUAGAAAACCUAUUGAUGAAGAAGAUGCCAAGCUUGGAAGUCUUUACGGUUGGCGGUUUCCAUUGCCAUAUUGUGACCAAAAAAUGGCAAAUGUCGCGGGAGUUACGGCCAUCCAAGACUCGGGUAGUGGAAAGAAUACCAUUAAGUUGGUAAAACAUAGCGCUAUUAAGAAAAUGAUUGAAGAAAUGAAAUCAAGCAUGGAAAGCCUCUUAUUUCAACCAGAAUCUUCGUCGCCUUCUGUGUGCCGCCAACCAUUAACAGAAGAAAAAGAGCCAUUGAAGGAGGAGAAGAAAAUAACGCCAAUAAUUGACUCUGGGCUAAGACGAGAAACAUCUAUAACAUUUGACGGCAAGCGAUCAAUCUCAAAGACUGGUUUCGUGGGCAAGGAUUCGGCCGUCUAG